GACCGGCGGCCGCGGCGAGAGCGCGCCCAGCCCCGCCGCGAUGCCCGCGCGCCCAGGACGCCUCCUCCCGCUGCUGGCCCGGCCGUCGGCCUUGACUGCGCUGCUGCUGCUGCUGCUGGGCCAUGGCGGCGGCGGGCGCUGGGGCGCCCGGGCCCAGGAGGCGGCGGCGGCGGCGGCGGACGGGUCCCCCGCGGCAGACGGCGGGGACGGGCAGGACCCGCACAGCAAGCACCUGUACACGGCCGACAUGUUCACGCACGGGAUCCAGAGCGCCGCGCACUUCGUCAUGUUCUUCGCGCCCUGGUGUGGACACUGCCAGCGGCUGCAGCCAACUUGGAAUGACCUGGGAGACAAAUAUAACAGCAUGGAAGAUGCUAAAGUCUAUGUGGCUAAAGUGGACUGCACGGCCCACUCUGACGUGUGCUCUGCCCAGGGGGUGCGAGGAUACCCCACCUUAAAGCUUUUCAAGCCAGGCCAAGAAGCUGUGAAAUACCAGGGUCCUCGGGAUUUCCAGACACUGGAAAACUGGAUGCUACAGACACUGAACGAGGAGCCAGCGACACCGGAGCCAGAAGUGGAACCGCCCAGAGCCCCUGAGCUCAAGCAGGGGCUGUAUGAGCUCUCAGCGAGCAACUUCGAGCUGCACGUCGCACAAGGCGACCACUUUAUCAAGUUCUUCGCUCCGUGGUGUGGUCACUGCAAAGCUCUGGCUCCAACCUGGGAGCAGCUGGCUCUGGGCCUUGAACAUUCCGAAACUGUCAAGAUUGGCAAGGUUGAUUGUACACAGCACUAUGAACUCUGCUCCGGAAACCAGGUUCGUGGCUAUCCCACUCUUCUUUGGUUCCGAGAUGGGAAAAAGGUGGAUCAGUACAAGGGAAAGCGGGAUUUGGAGUCACUGAGGGAGUACGUGGAGUUGCAGCUGCAGCGCACAGAGACCGGAGCCACGGAGACCGUCAAGCCCUCAGAGGCCCCGGUGCUGGCAGCCGAGCCCGAGGCUGACAAGGGCACUGUGUUGGCACUCACUGAAAAUAACUUCGAUGACACCAUUGCAGAAGGAAUAACCUUCAUCAAGUUUUAUGCUCCAUGGUGUGGUCAUUGUAAGAAUCUGGCUCCUACUUGGGAGGAACUCUCUAGAAAGGAAUUCCCUGGCCUGGCGGGGGUCAAGAUCGCUGAAGUAGACUGCACUGCUGAACGGAGCAUUUGCAGCAAGUACUCGGUACGAGGCUACCCCACAUUGUUGCUUUUCCGAGGAGGGAAGAAAGUCAGCGAGCACAGUGGAGGCAGAGACCUUGACUCGUUACACCGCUUUGUCCUGGGCCAAGCGAAAGACGAACUCUAGAAACGCAGUUGGAAGUCACCUCUCCUGCCCGGCUCCUGCACCCCGCAUUUAGGAGUUCAGUCUCACAGAGGCCACUGGGUUCCCGGUGGUGGCUGUUCAGAAAGCAGAACAUACUAAGCGUGUGGUAUCUUCUUUGUGUGUGUGUGUUCCAAGCCAACACACUCUACAGAUUCUUUAUUAAGUUUCUCCAAGUAAAUGUGUAACUCAUGGUCACUGUGUAAACUAAAUAUUUUCAGUGGCGAUAUAUCCCCUUUGACCUUCUCUUGAUGAAAUUUAAAUGGUUUCCUUUGAGACUGAAAUAGAGUUGAGGGAAAUCAAAUUGCUGGACUAUUUUUGGCUCCUGAGUUGAGUGAUUUUGGUGAAAGAAAGCACAUCCAAAGCAUAGUUUAACUGCCCACGAAUUCUGGAAAGGUGGCCUUGUGGCAGUAUUGCUGUUCCUCUGAUCUUAAGGUCACAGUUGACUCAGUACUGUGGUUGGUCUGUAGCAUGGAGCAGAUUUAAAUGCAAAACCCCACACCUCUGGAAGAUACCUUCAUGGCCACUGCUGGAGCUUCUGUUUCUGUGAAUACUUCUCUCAAUGUGAGAGGUUAGCCAUAAUGAAAGCAGCAUUACUUCUGACUGUGCCUGAGUAAGAGAAUGCUGAUGCCAUAACUUUACGUGUCCAUACUUGUCAAAUCAGUUACUGUUCAGGGAUCCUUCUGUUUCUCAUGGGGUGAAACGUUUCUUUAGUUCAUCAUGUUAACACGAAGCCAGAGUCCACAUGAACUGUAAGAUUGUAUGUCUUCCUUAGAAAGGGUAGGCAUGGAAAAUUCCACAAGGAGUUAGUUGUAUUUGUCACCUGGGGCGACAAGACCAGACGGGCUUUCCCAGGCCUGGGUGUCCAGGGAGGCUCUGCAGCCCUGUUGAAGUGUCCUAACUAGCGUUUCGGAUUCUGUUCCUCAGUAGUCCUUUUAGAGGCUUGCUAUACUUGGUCUGCUUCAAGGAGGUCGACCUUCUCAUGUAUGAAGAAUGGGAUGCAUUUGAGCUCAAGACCAAAGACAGAUGUCAGCGGGACUGCUCUGGCCCUGUUGUGCACGGCUGUGGCAGCUGUUGAGGCCAGUGUCCUCUAACUCAUGCUACCCUUAUGAUUAAAUGCUUUUACUGUCUCCUUCAGGAAUAAGCACUUACAAGACUAAGCUCUAAGAGAGGUGUUUGUCCUUUUACCAUCGAGCUACUUCCCAUAAUAACCACUUUGCGUCCAACACCCUUCACCCACCUCCCACACGCAAGGGGAUGUGGAUACUUGGCCCAAAGUAACUGGUGGUAGGAAUCUUAGAAACAAGACCACGUAUACUGUCUGAGGCAGAAGAUAACAGCAGCAUCUCAACCAACCUCUGCCUUAAAGGAAAUCUUUAUUAAUCAUGUGUGGUUCACAGAUAAUUCUUUUUUUAAAAAACCCAACCUCCUAGAGAAGCACAACUGUCAAGAGUGGCUUCAGCUUUGCAUCACGAGUCCUGUAUUCCAAGAAAAUCAAAGUGGUACAAUUUGUUUGUUUACACUAUGAUACUUUCUAAAUAAACUCUUUUUU